AUGUCUGUUGAAGUGGCUAUCUACAUUUUGAAUGCUCUUCUAUACUCUAUCGUCAUACUAUUGGAUGUACUCGUUAUGUGGGCAGCUGUGAAAACCCGGGAAACUUCACGAAACUUCAUUUUCCACAUCCUCUUUACCGCUAUGAUCUUGGACGUUGCUGUCCACUUCGUCACCAUCUUCCACGAUGUACCGAGUUAUUUUCUGAAUCAGGAUUUCUCUACUGUGGGAACGACAUAUGUUUAUGUGCUAAUUCUUUGCUUGCAAUGGUUUGCACAACUGCUCUUCUUGCCAUUAUUAUCCAUUAUUCAUUUCCUUGCGAUUUUCUCACCCGCGAAAUUCCGAAAAGCUUCACAUCGUCACUUCGCUUGUGCUAACGCUGUUGUUAUCCUACUUGCAUUGAUACUGACAGCACCACAUUUUACUAAAUACUCUGGCUAUACCUAUCUUCUCCCUGGACACUUCUGGUAUUUUGAUUUUGCUAAACCGUACAGUUAUAUAUAUCAACAUUUAAAUGUAACAUUACAGAUAAUCUGCGUCGUCUUUGUGGUUGUAGCUGACACUCUAAUUAUUUGGAAAAUUUGUAGUCUCCGUAAAAAACACAAGAUCACUUUACCGAAACGUGAUGGCACACAAAAAAAACACCAAGUAGUAAAAGAAGUUCGUCUUGCCCUGAACUUUUUGGUGCUGAGUGUCUGCUUCUUGAUUAUGACCAUCUUCUACAAUGUCAAUUUUGGGUAA